AUGGCAGAGAUGACCAUAAUUGAAGCGGUGCGUUCGGCGCUCCACGAAGAGAUGGAGCGGGACGAGCGCGUAUUCGUCAUGGGCGAGGACGUGGGCCAGCGCGGUGGCGUGUUCCUGGCCACCCAGGGGUUCAUUGAAGAUUUCGGACCAGAGCGAGUGAUCGACUCCCCGCUGGCGGAGGCAUCCAUCAUGGGCAUCGCUCUGGGCGCAGCCUUCCGCGGGAUGCGGCCGAUACCGGAGGUGCAGUUCUCCGACUUCGUCUGGCCCAGCGUGAACCAGCUGAUCGGCGAGGCUGCCCGGGCCCACUAUGGCACCAAUGGCGCGCUGAAGGUUCCGAUGACCGUUCGUAUCCCCUACGGCGGCGGGAUUCGCGGCGGGCUGUUUCACUCGCAAAACGGGCUGCUCAAGUCCGCCAUCCGCGACGACAACCCGGUCAUCUUCCUGGAACACAAGAAGACCUACCGCCUGGUGAGAGGCGAGGUUCCCGACGGGGAAUACACCCUGCCCAUUGGUCCGGCGGACAUCAAACGCGCCGGCUCCGACGUCACGGUGGUCAGCUACGGCCUGUCCAUGCACUACUGCUUGGCGGCGGCGGAAGCGGUGGCCGCUGACGGCAUCAGCGCCGAGGUCGUCGACCUGCGGACGCUCAAACCCCUGGACACCGAAACAAUCCUUGAAUCUGUGCGUAAGACCGGCAGGCUGCUGGUGGUCCACGAGGACAACAUCAGCGGCGGCAUUGGCGCGGAGAUCGCAGCCCUGGCGGCGGACGAGGCGUUCGAGUACCUGGACGCUCCCAUCGCCCGUCUCUGCGGACCGGAUGUGCCCACCAUGCCCUUUGCCCAGACGCUGGAAGACGCUUACAUGCCCAGUCCCGAAGCGAUUGCCGCAGAAAUACGCCGGCUGGCGGCGUACUGA